AUGGCAGCCAUCUCCAGCCUCGUCCUGAGCGACAAUUUGCCGCCCAAGGAUAGGAGAGACGACUUGGAAUCACCGACCACCCCGCGGCCUGAUCGAUAUGCGUCGACACCGAUGGACGAGGCCACAGUCGCCGUCAAAGACCACGCUCUGCAGUCCCGGCCAAGCGUCUCAACCACCUCACAGCCUUCGAGUCAAGGUUCACUAAUUGAUCAUGGAAAUGCUGAAGGAGACGAUUCUACAAUGAGAAGAGAUAGUGGCGAGGCCUUGUCAAGCACCAUGGAUAUGGACGACGAUGACACUGGCCAGCCUGGCUCGGAUAACGAACUCGAGCCAGGUGAGGUAGACCUUUCCGCGCGGAAGAAAAAGGGCCAGAGAUUCUUCUGUACCGGCUAUCCGCCCUGCAACCUCAGUUUUACUCGAAGCGAGCACCUGGCUCGUCAUAUCAGAAAACACACGGGUGAACGCCCGUUCCAAUGUCACUGCAAUCGCAGGUUCUCCCGCCUGGACAACUUGCGCCAACAUGCUCAGACAGUGCAUGUCAAUGAGGAGAUCCCAACCGACUCCCUUGCUGCGACGGGGACUCGGUUUCAGCGGCAAAUCCGUACCGAUCGUGUGAGACCCACAGGUCGCCCGCGAACCGGCACCGCUGGCAGCACUGGAAGUCACAGUCGUGGUCACAGCCGAAACCUAUCGGCUUCAAGUGUUGGCUCGACCUCCUCCAACUACAGCAUCGUCACCGAUGGAAAACGAAGGCCGCCGCCUCUGCUAAUGGCCAAUGACAACCUGAGAGGACCGAGUUUGGGAAUCGAGCCACCCCAUACACCCCCGGCUCAGUACCGCGGGUACAAUCCAAACUCCCCUGGUGGUCUGAGUACGCCCACCUCUGCCAACUUCUCGGCGACACCUAGUUCCCCGGGAUUCUUGUCCUCGAUGGCUUCGCCAGUAUCAAGUAAUGCCCGCUUGGGUGGCUUUUUCGGCUCAAGGCCGCAAUCCCGCCGCUUAUCUGUGCCAUCAGGGCCUAAUCCAUACCAGAGUCAGUACCCACCAGGGUACCCUGUUGGCUAUCUGAAUCAGAUGGGCCCACCAAGUUCCCACGCAUCGUCAAAUUCAAGUGUCUUUGCUAGUCCAACUUCUGCAACGUUUUCUAUCGCUCCUGGCCAACCUGUUCCACCUGGAGAAGACUGGCGCAGGCGAACAUGGCAUGCGUCCACUUAUCCAGCUGGCCAUUUCAACUAUGGACGUCCUGCUACGAGCGGCCUGACAUAUUCGCAGACCCCGGAUGCUCCUCAGCCUGCACAUGCUCAACAUGCCACUGCGGCCGCCGGACAAGCCCCUCGACUACCCGGCAUUGAGAGUUUUGAUCAUGUCCAACACCGCUCGUACACCCCCCCGCGCCGCCAACCGAGUCCUAUGCAGAUUGAUGUAAACUUGUCCUCCUCAGCUGCGGGCCAAGACCCCCGGAUACGCCAGGGUCAUGUUUCGUGGGAAGGCCCUCGUCCCAGCCAGUACCCAGAGCUUGACGAACAUGCAGACCGGAGUCAAGGAGCGGGGUCAUGGGGUCAGCAGACAAUCAAUGAGAUCCAGAGUGUGGGUAUGCGAUUUACUGAGCCGCCGAGGCACGUCGACAUGGGCCCUCCGCCUCCGUCCAUGAUGACUGCUCAACAGCACCAGCAGAUGACGCGCGAAGCACUGGAGGGACAGUCUUCAGCAAAAAGAACGAGACGACAAGCAUGGUACGGUGGACCUACGCCAACCAGGACGUCACCAGAAGAUUCGAGCAGCAGUGACGGUAUUCCUACCCCUGGCAUGACCGCAGUUGAAGUGCACCCGAUGAUCAUGCCCAGUAGCGGGUACAUAGAACCACAGCAUGGGCCAUUGCCUCCGGAUACCCAUCAGAAUGUUUGUCUUGCCCCAGCCCCAUUUAUCGAACAAAGCCGUCACCAGAACACAACAUCCUUCGGUGAUCGCAACGGAGCUGGCGGAGGAAUGAAUCGACUGGAAGCUCUGGUAGCUGUGGCGACAAGUGGAGAUAAUGCUGCCCGAUGA